AUUGAUGGCGGAAAAUUCGAACGAUCCCGGUUUAGCCUUGAGGAGUCUGGAAGGCAUAGGUUUUAUUUUUGCUAAUAGCUUCUGCUUCAUCUUUUACAUGCCGGGAUGGACGAGUUGUCUAUGUAUUUUUCAGCCGGUAAUGAGACAUCGAAGUCCAAGCUGAAUGAAAAGUCAACAAAAUCAUUCACAAGGCCAACUAGUUUUCAUAAUGACGCACAACAUCGCAAGAGCUUCAGAGGAUUUAUCAAGAAAAAUAAAACUAUGGAUAACAGCUCAGAUAAUGCCCACAACCCGUUCCUUAGCUUAAACUCUACUCCCAACAAUCUCAUAUGUGGUAGCUACAGCUGUGGAAGUAUCUCUACAAAAAUGCCACAUAUUCUUCCUCCCGAAAUAGAAGAGGGGAAUAUUGAGUACAAACGGAAAUUAGUUGAUCCUACACCAAAUCGUUUUGAACAGCUUGUUACUCAAAUGAAAUGGCGUCUUAAUGAAGGUGGAGGCAAAGCCAUUUAUAAAUUAGGUGUGGAUGAUGAUGGUCAUGUCAGUGGACUUCGUCCAUCUGAGUUAAUCAGUUCGUUAACAACACUUGAACGAAUGGCAAAGCGUCUAAACUCUACUCUUCAUCCUCUCAGAGAGCGUGUUAUUGAACCAACAACUAUUUCAUCAGAUAAAGAAUGUCGUAAAGCUAUUGAAGUGCUUGUUCGUCUAGCGCCGACAACUAAUGAAGGUUCACCAGAUUUAUGUGUAGCUUUAGUUGGUGGAAUGGAUUCAGGCAAAUCAACUUUAAUUAGUGUAUUAACUGAUGGUGAAUUGGAUAAUGCUCGUGGUAAAGCACGUUUAAAUUUAUUUCGUCAUUUACAUGAAGUACAAUCUGGUCGUACAAGUAGUUUAAGUCGUGAAUUAUUAGGUUUUGAUGUAAAUGGUAAUGUUACUAAUUAUAAAUAUGCUGAUGGUAGAGUUUAUCGACGUUCAACAGAAGAAGUUGUUCAAAUGUCAUCUAAUUUAUUAACUUUACUUGAUUUAGCUGGACAUUCAAAAUAUCAACGUACAACAUUAGCUGGUAUUUCUUGUAAUCAACCAAUGAUAGGAAUUUUAGUAAUAUCUGCAACAAUUGGUUUAAGUAGUAUAGGAUUAGAUCAUAUCCAAUUAAUACGUUCAUUAAAUUUACCAAUAAUAAUUGUAUUAACAAAAAUUGAUCAAUUAUCUAAUGGAAUAGAACAAAUAAAACGUAUUAAUCUUAUUUAUCAUCAAUUAGUAUAUCAAUUUAAACAAAUUGAUAAUGCAUGGUCAUACAGUAGUAGUAGUAAUAGUAGUAUACCAUCAUUACCGAAUACAGAAUAUUCAAUUAGAGGAGAAUUCAAUGAUGAUUAUUUUAUGCCACCAUUUUUUCCUGUUUCAUCUGUCACUGGUCAAGGUAUUGAUAAUUUAAUGCAUUUUUUAAGUCGUCUAAGUUGUUUAAAUCAAUCAUCAAUACCACCAGCCUUAUCCAUCUCAUCAUCAUCACCCCCGACAACAACAACAAAGACAACAAUCAAUUUAUUUGAAUCUUCUGAUCGUCGAAAUCCAGAUCAUCAUCUUCAACAACCACAACAACAUCAACAACAGAAAUCAUUAGAAUUUAAUAAAUUUUCCAAUGAAAAUUAUAUUCAAUUAAUAUUUAAUAAAAUAAAUAAACAAAUGAAAAUUAUUAAAACUUAUCGUGAUUUUAAUGGUACAUUAUUUUGGAUUAAUCAAGUAUAUACACAAAUACCAGGAGUUUCUAAUCCGGUGAUAGUUGGACGUGUACAACUUGGUCAAUUAUUAAAUAAUCAAAUAUUAUGGCUUGGACCAGAUCAAUUUGGUGAUUUCUAUCCAGUUCAAAUUGUUAGUUUAAUGCAUAAUCGUCAAGUACAUGAUAUUGUGUACGCUGGACAGUCAGCAUCAAUGGAGGUAUAUUUUUUACCAAAAUCAUGGAAUAGUAUGAAUGAUAAACAACGUCAAAGCAUCUUACAUAGUAUAUCGUCAUCCACUUCACUGUCAUUAACAUCAUCUUCUUACAGAACAAUGAAUGAUCAUAAAAAGUCAUUUUCAUUAUUCGGUAAUAAUAAUAAUGACAAUAUUUGUAAUGAUGAUGAUGAUGAUAACUGUACUGGAAAUGAAGAGAAUAUUCCACAUAAUAAUAAAAAGAAGAAUAGUAUCAACAGUCUAUCAUCAUCACCAUCAGAUAUUUAUCAAUUUUAUUCACCAAUAAAAAUACGUCGUGGAAUGAUUCUUCUCACUUAUCCAAUGUUAUUAACUGCAUAUUCAUUGUUUAAAACAUCAUCACCUGGAUUAUUACCAUGUACCAUCGAUUCUUCACCACUCUCAUCACCAUGUGAAUUUAUUUGGAAUGAACAAUUAAAAUCUAAACAUUGUAUUAAUUUCACUGUGGUAUGGACAGUUAAAUUAAAACUAAUUCGUCGUCUACCUAUAGUAUCUUUUAAAUUAGGCAAUCCACCGGUAAUUUUAACACCAAUUCCAUCAAUUGGACAACGUGUAAGUAUUUAUGCUGGAUGUGUUUGUCAAACUGGUGUUGUACUAGAAACGAUACAUCAAUGUAAACAUGAACAAGAAAUGCAACAGAAUAACUUGAAAGAUUAUAUGAUGAAUAAUGAGAAUCAUUUCGAUGAUCCAACUUUCAUUUUAUUACGUUUUACACGUCAUCCAGAAUUAAUUGAAAUUGGUCGACAAUUUAUAUUAACAUGGAAUGGAAAUUUAAAAACAAUUGGUUAUGCUAUUGAAUUAAUUGAUCCAUUAAAACAUCAAUAUAAUCUUUCAUGGAAUACUCUUUCUAAUAAUAAUACAACUACUAGUACUACUCUUAAUAGUACUAUCAAUGUUCAAGAUUCCAAUAAUAUUCAUGAUAAUUCAAUAAUCGAUCCUAUUGAUUGGAUUAAUCUGAAACAAAAUUCUAGAUCAUUUCAAGAGAAUAAUCAUUAUGAUUGGUCUAAUUUACAAAUGUCAUUUAUAAAUCAAACCAUUUCAAUGAAUCAUUCUUCAUUAUAUCCUUAUCAUAAUGACAAAAUGUUGAAUAAUUAUACAUUUGGAUCUAUAGAUGAUUUACAUAAAUCAUCUAAUCUAUUAUUAUCUUCAUCAUUACCAUCGUCAAAUAUAGAAUUUUGUAAGAUGUUAGCAACAACAACAACAACAUCAUCAACAAGAACAACAGACUCUUUAAUUUCUGUAAAUCAUUUAACAAGUUUAUCAGAAUUAGUACCAAGUCAUGAUAUUGAUAUCGAUGAUAACAUUCAUACUACUACUAAUAAUCAUAAUAAUAAUAAUUCAAUGAUUGUAAAUAAUUCAACAGAUAUUGAUAAUUCUACACAAUCUAUCAUGGAUAUUAAUAAUGUUAAAGAGUCCUCUGAAUCAUCUAUUAAACAUCACAAAUCAUUAAUAUCUUCAUCAGGAGGAGGUGGUGUCACAACAUCCACACUAUCAUCAUCAUCAUCAUCAUCUAAUAACAAUAAGAAUAAGAAUAAGAAUAAUAAACGACGUCAUAGACGAAAACAGAAACGUUAAUUCUUUGUAGAUCCUCUUUCAUUUAUCUCUGUUUUAUUUAUAGCUGGGUUAAUUAGUUAGUUAGUUCAGUUUCCUAAUGAUAAGACUGUUGUCUAACCAAUCUACUACAAUCAUGUUUUAUGAGUAUAUUGAGAAAGGUUAAUUGUUGUUAAAUUGAACAUGUAACAUGUAAAUGGGUUGUUGUUUUGUUUGUUUUUUGUUUUUGUUUUGUUUUUUAUUAUUUGCAUAUUAUACAUGCAUAAAUAGUAGUUCAUCAUUCAUUAUUAUUAAUCUUCAAUGUUCAAUUAUGUUUUACAUAUUUCCUUUAUCUAAUAAGUAAUUAAAUUAGUGAAAGU